AUGAAAAUGGCUACUUACAGGGGUAAAGCUUAUGCAGGCCAAGAUGCAUUGUACAAGAUUUCGGAUCGUCAGCGGGAUUACUACAAAAAAUGCUUUCGGCAUUUGACGAAAAGUACUCAAGGAACUGCCAGCCUUGAAGGUGUCUUGAAUGGUGGAGAUUCUCGCGUUGUGAAUUUCUUAAAACGUAGCGGUCUUGACAAUGAUUCUCUGUCCAGGAUCUGGAGCCUUUCCGAUGUCAACGAAGAUGGUUAUCUAGAUAUCAACGAGUUUUCAACCGCGAUGCACCUGAUUGUCUUGAGAGUGAAAGGACAGGUACCUAUUCCCACCUGCUUGCCAGCGUGUAUUCGUCCCCCAUACGUUCCUCCGCAUAUUUGCCAUCAAGUGCAAAGUAGCCCCGCUGCAUCAGCUUCCAUUUUACAAGGUGAGUAA